AUGUCUUCAACACAGGCCUCUGAGAAGCCCAUGACCGAGAAGCAGCGGCUGAAGCUGGAGAAAUUCAAGCAGAAGCAAGAGAGUCUUGCAAAACAGCCGCAACAGACAUUGGACAAGAAGGCGAGGAGGCUGGCCCCUCCUACGGUCUCGGCCAAAGACUGGGUCGAGGAGACGCCUGCUGGGCAUCGAAAGAUUUUGAAGCCAUUGGAUGAUGACUUUCACAAGGCCUACCUACCAAAUGUCGUCGAGUCUGCGUGGUACAGCUUCUGGGAAGAUCAAGGCUUGUUCAAGCCGCAAACAGAAACGGAUGAAAGUCUGAAACCAAAAGGCAAAUAUGUCAUUGCCAUGCCACCGCCCAAUGUAACGGGGAAGCUACAUAUCGGACACGCCCUGGCACUUUCGCUAGAAGACACGCUCGUCAGGUGGCAUCGCAUGCGACAAUUCACGACUCUUUUUAUCCCUGGAUGCGACCAUGCCGGUAUUGCGACCCAAGCUGUUAUCGAAAAGCAGCUCGCCAAGAAUCCGAUAAAUGGCAAGUCCAAGAGGCAAGACUUUAGUCGAGAGGAAUUCGUCCAGAUAUGCCAGGACUGGAAGGAGGACUACAGGCAGAACAUCAAUAAUGCGGCACGCAGACUCGGAAUCUCUCCAGACUGGUCUCGAGAAGCCUUCACGAUGAGUCCGCAGUUGUCUAAAGCUGUCACCGAAACGUUCGUACAGCUCCACGAAGAGGGCCUUAUAUACCGAGCCAACAAGCUUGUGCAUUGGUCGUGUCGCCUUUCCACAGCCUUGUCCAACCUGGAAGUCGACCAGAAGGAGAUUGACGGGACGACGAAGCUUGACGUGCCAGGUUAUGACAGAAAAGUCGAAUUCGGAACACUCACGUAUUUUAAAUACCAGAUCGAGGGCUCCGAUCAAACCAUAGAGGUUGCAACAACAAGGCCCGAGACGAUGUUGGGCGACACUGGUAUUGCCGUGCAUCCUCAGGACGACCGAUACAAAGAGUUUGUCGGCAAGACUGCGAUACAUCCGAUUAUUGCCGGCAGAAAACUGAAGAUUGUUGCCGAUGAAUACGUUGACAGGGAAUUCGGUACUGGUGCAGUCAAGCUUACACCCGCCCAUGAUUACAACGACUUUAACCUCGGCAAGAAACAUGGCCUUCCUUUCAUCAACAUCCUCAACGAAGACGGUACUCUCAACAAUAACGCUGGCCCCUAUGCCGGAGAGAAAAGGUUUAAUGCCAGAUACCGCAUAAUUGAAGAGCUCAAAAGUCUUGGCCUCUACACCAAGUCGGAGCCAAACAAAAUGACUGUUCCGAUCUGCAGCCGCUCAGGAGAUAUCGUCGAGCCGCUUCUCAAACCACAAUGGUGGAUGAAGAUGGAGUCGCUGACGAAACCUGCCAUUGACGUCGUCGAAAGUGGCGAGCUGAUCAUUAGGCCAGAUGUACAAAAGCGAUCAUAUCUUCAGUGGAUGCGAAAUCUUCAGGAUUGGUGCCUGUCAAGACAAUUAUGGUGGGGCCACCAGAUACCAGCAUACUUUGUCAGUAUCGAAGACGAAGACGCCGGUGAUGACGCCGAUGAGGAGUACUGGGUCUGUGGCAGAACAGAAGGUGAAGCUCGAGAGAAAGCAGAGCAGAGGUUCCCAGGCAAGACGCUGACACUUCGACGUGAUGAAGAUGUCUUGGAUACCUGGUUCAGCUCUGGGCUUUGGCCUUUCAGCACCCUUGGGUGGCCAGACAAGACGGAAGAUCUCCAAAAGUAUUUUCCCAACUCCACUUUGGAAACUGGUUGGGACAUUAUUCCGUUUUGGGUCAGCCGUAUGAUCAUUUUCUCUCUGAAAUUGACUGGAAAGGUGCCUUUUAACGAGGUCUACUGCCACGGUUUGAUCCGUGACAGCGAAGGCCGAAAGAUGUCCAAGUCGCUCGGCAAUGUCGUUGACCCAAUCGACAUAAUCGACGGCAUCAGUCCCGAAGGCCUGCACCAGAAGCUGCGACAGGGCAACCUGGCCCAAAACGAGAUCAAGAAUGCGGAAAAGUACCAGAAAAAGGCCUUCCCGCAAGGCAUUCCCGACAUUGGGGCCGAUGCGCUGCGGUUCUCACUCAUCAAUUACACGCAGUCGUCCGGCGGCGACAUCAACUUUGACAUCAAAACCAUGCACGGCUACAGAAAGUUUUGUAACAAGAUUUAUCAGGCCACAAAAUAUGUCCUCGGAAAGCUUGGUGAUGACUUUGUUCCUCGCGAAAGCUCUGCCCUCACAGGAAAGGAGAGUCUGUCUGAGAGAUGGAUCUUGACAAAGAUGAACACUGCUGCGAAGCAGAUCAACCAGGCACUCGAGGCGCGCGAAUUCGCCAAAUCGACCCGAAUUAGUUAUCAGUUCUUGUACGACGAACUGUUUGACAUCUUCAUUGAGAACUCCAAGUCGAUAAUCUCGGAUGGCACACCCGAAGAAGCUCGUUCGGCCAUGGACACGCUGUACACCGCACUUGAAACUGGGUUGCGACUUGUGGCCCCAUUCAUGCCCUUCCUGACUGAAGAGCUUUGGCAGCGUCUUCCACGCAGACCAGGCGAUGAUACAUCUUCAAUUUCGAUUGCCGAGUAUCCAGAGUUUGAAGACUCCCUCCAUGAUCCGACGUCUGAGGUAGCCUAUGAGCUUGUACUGGGCUGCUCGAGAGGUUUCCGUGUCCUCUUGGCAGAAUAUGCUGUUAAAGAAAAUGGUGUAGCUUAUAUCAUACCUCUCAGCCAAACGGCACACGACACAGCGUCUGCUCAAUUAUCCGCCAUCAAGUCACUCAGCAGCAAGACAUCAGUGGAUAUCAGCAUUCUGCCGGUUGGAAGCGCUAGCCCAGCUGGUUGCGCAGUCUUUCCUGUCUCUGCAGAGGCGAAUGUUUAUCUUGAAGUUAAGGAUCGUGUACAAGAUGCUGGAAAGGAGGUUGAGAAGUUCAAGGCAAAGUUGGCUGAGGCAAGAAGGGAUCAAGAGAGUAAUGACGCGCACAAGGCAGAUUUGAGUAAGUUACAGGACAUCGAUGCUACUGAGGCUAGGCAUUUGGUUGAGCGCCGUACACUGGAUCUCGAAGCUAGGUCGCUGGCAUUGGAAGAGACAGUCGCAAUGUUUCAGAAGAUGAUGGUUUAA